AUGCACUUUGUCUCUUUCUUGAUUGAUAGGGCUGCCGGUGUUCCGUCAGUCCCUCCUGCUCGUCUUGGGCUGCGUGUGACUUGGGCUUGCACAGAUAAAGACCGCACCAAGCAGCAACAGCAGCAACGUUCGAAGCUGAAGCAGUCCUGCCUUCAACUUUUGCACGGAAAGGCAGUCGUAGUAACGCUGUCACUUGGAGUUUGUCGGUGCCGAAUAAAUCUACUUUGGCCCGUCUUUGUCGGUCUGCAAGACGGACGCCUUCGCCUGGUUGGCCGCGUCCGGACUUCCCGUGCGCAGAAAAGACCCACGUUGAAGUAUCAGACUGCGUCUGUUACGGAGAUUAGGGAUCCACAUGCAGGUACCAGAGAAGAGCCUGUUGACGCCGGUGAUCUCUUUCCGACAAGCGCCUUUCUGAGUCUUCUGCGAGCGUCUGCUCUAUUGCAGCCACGUCCAUGGACCGCAGGUGCCGACUGGGCGUCUGCUGCAGCACAAAGAUGCAACGGUAGAUUCGGUUUUGGGUCCGGCAAUGUCGCACACGUACUUCACAGCCACACGCGUGACAUGCAAGUGGGUCCAGUGCACGUUGCAUGUGACUUCAUCCCGUCCACUGACUACCAACCUAGCCGCAGGUCCUGCUUGCUGCCACCAAGACGUCGUAUGUACGUGGACACAGACAAGCACUUGAAGGUUGACAGAAGAGCGUGGAAGCGCAAGGAGUUCGACUGCCGCACCAAACAUUCGAUCGAUCGAUCGAUCGAUCGACAGAAACAAGUGUCCGUAGUAGAAAUGAGCCAACUGGCGCUAUUAUCAGUCGCCGGGACCGGACGCGAAUCACCCGAACUGCACUUGGAUCAGUCGGCUCCUGUCACGGCCACCCCACCCCGUCUAUGUGAAAUAAAUCAAAUAGACAAACUCGCUGAAUGCAUUGGCCACUAA